UUUAUUAUUCUCUCCCUCUCAGACAUCUAUUCUCAACCUGACCCCUACUGACCUGGAGGAGUGUGAGCAGUCUGUCUCUGUCUCUGACCCUGACCCAGAGCAUCUGAAGACACUGCUGCAGCAUCAUGGACAUCCUGGGCACCUUAAAGAAGAUGUUCUCUUCUACGAUUCUGAUACCAUCCUGUCCACGUUGUUCCUCCUCGUUCCCUCACUGGAGUCUAAACCGACCCAGAGAGGUGGAGGAAAGGGCAGGGUGAAGACAGUGAUGUGACAACAGAAGGGGGGAAGAACAAGGCUGGUGAGAAGGGACAGCAAGAAGUCAGCGGGGAAGAUGAAGACACCAAUGAGGAAAGUGAUGAGGACACUAAAAGACUGGAAGAGGCUGGGAACUCUGGGCAGCAGAAACGGCCAUUAUCAGGGGCCGUCAAUGGACAAGCUAAAGCCGAGCCCCCACAGUCCCAGGGCUUCUCCUGCUCACAGUGUCAAUUCUCUGGCAGACAAUGGACUACCCUCCAAGAGCAUGUCAGGAAGAACCAUCUGAAUGAGGACAGCAGGAUCCUGGGCUCUGGAGAAGCUGGAGCUGAGAACAACUCUGCCUGUCAGUGAGAAAGAGAACUCCUCAGCCAAGAAGACCAUGGAGAACAGGAAGCACCACUGUUUACAAGGAUCCCAUCCAGAGGAGCCGUGUGUCCUGAUCCCAGGCUGCAUGGUCUCGGAAUACCAGGAAAAGUACCCUGCCUACUGCAACACUGUUGUCCGUGCAGCCAAGAAGCUGAAGAAUGAGUACCAGCCAAUGGAAGGAAAGAUAUCCAACAUGACCACUUUCAGGUCAGACUACGUGGCCCAUGAAGUGACCCAGAGGCCACCAAAGGUCACCAAGUUGUAUGUGCCACCUGAUGGGAGAAUGAGACACAGCAGCACUUACGUCAGGGACUACCCAACUCACCCUGUUCAGAAGCACAUCAUGACCAAGCCAGAUGGGUACCAUCCGCCCACAGCAAAGAUGGUUGCCCAGUCUUUAUACAAAGAGGAUUUUCGAGCAUGGCAAAUCCAGAAAGUCCAACCCUACAGGACGCGUGACAACCUGAAGUUGAACAACAGCAAAUUUGAGGUGACCACCACCUAUCAAGACGAAUUCUGCCACAAGGGCCCAGCCGAGGCCAGGGAGAGAUUCAAACCAGCCCCCGAUGCCCCAGAGACCCUGCCCUUCGAUGGCGCCACCAACUACCAGACGCAGUAUAUGUCCCAUCCUGUCUAGCCCAGGCAGCC